UUACCUUUUCCGAUUUAUACAUCACUAUUAUUAUCCUAAUUAACGACACGUAAAUAAAAUUGUGAAUAUUCUGAUUACUGUCUAAAGAAUUCCACGUUAAAAUAUAGCUGUCUACUAGUGAUAGAAUGUCGUCCGAAAUUGAUGCAAAAAAUAUUAACAAGACGGUUCCAGAAAAAAACGACUGGGAUCAAAAUGACGACGAUGACAAUUGGGAUGAUUGGGGUGAUGCUGAAGAAAAUUUCGAGGAUACACAGGAUUCCAAUCCGUUGCAGGACAACGAUGUUAAAGGCAAUAUCAAUGCAAACAAUAACAACUCCUUGCGUGACACAAAACCAACAGUUGAAGAAACUAGACAAGAUUUUAACAAAAACAAAGAAGCAUUAACAAACUUAACAAAAACAGAAACUACAAAAACCAAAACAACGCAAAAGUCAACCUCUGGAUGGGGUGGACUUUUUGGAGGUGUGGUUUCGUCCGUACUUUCAACCGCUUCUGAGGGCAUUGGCAAUAUAACCACAACUGUUAGUCAUGGACUUAAUCAAGUUAUAGGCGUACCCGAUCCGGAGGAACUAGCGCGUAUGCAGGCAGCCGAAACAGCAAAGACACAGAGUGAGUUAAAAGAGCAAACCAGCGAAGAUAAACAUAAUCAACAAAAAGGUAUAAACGAUAACCAGCAGCACAGAGUACAGGAGCAACAAGGGGGAACUCCUGUAUUCGGUUUGAAUAUUGUUAGUGGAGUAACGAUUCUUGGAACCAAAGUACUGAACACAGGUUUGGAUACACUCGAAGGAAUUGGAAAGAAAACCAUGCACAUAUUACAAGAAAAUGAUCCACUGCUAAUGAAUAAAAGAAAAUUACUUGGACUUGAACCAGAUAAACCAAACCUGAGUGAGGUACUUAAAGAAGCUAAAAAAGACGCUGAUCACUUAGAAAAUGCUUUGAAAGAGAUGAAAUUAGAAAAAUCCCGCGAAAUGCUCCGUUUUGAUGUACUUUUCGAAAACAAUUGCGGUCUCGUACACCUCGAAGCAUUGGAAAUACUCUCUAAAGAAUCAACGCUUAAAUUGCAAAAGUUGCAGGACGCAGUCAGCGGUAAUGCACUUAAUGAAUUGCAAGAAACUAUCACUGAAGUUAAGGAGCUGAUGGAAUUGGAGGAUUUAGACGGCGAAAGUGAUGGCGACUACGAUGCCGUUGAGUUAAAUGCACGUCUAAUGAGCACCAUUGAAGAUGCAGAAUUGCAAAUCAAUUUCGAUGAUAUAACAAGCAAUUGGAGACAAGCGCUGGAUUGGAUUGAAUCAGCACCAGUGAGUGGAACAAGUGACAACGUACAGGAUUCUUUUGCUAAAGCUAUAACACUGUUAGCUGAAGCUUGUGCCUUGCAAAUAAAUAAACUACACAAAAUCGCCGAAUUAUUGUUAGUGAAAGAACAUCACAGUACUGCCAAUGAAGUUGAUUGUAUUGUACAACUAUGCAAGCAAUUCACUACGCAUUUGAAUGGCCUGACAAAUCGAUUUGCCAGUACAUUGACGUGCUUUAAGUUGGACACGCUGACAGAAUCAGAUGAUAUAAUAAAGGCGCGUGUCAGCACACUCUUCGCUGAAUUGUUGGUGGCAAUACAACAAAUAGAGAAGGCAUUUCAUUUGUUCUUACCAAUAUUACAAAUUGGCGCGGUGUAAAAUGGAAAAUAGCAUAAAAAAUACGAAACUGUUCAAUUUGAUAUAUUUUGGUUAUGUUGAUUACUAAUUUCUAUGUAUUCUUA